AUGGGUGAACCAUCAUCAUCCCCUCCCAAUGUUCAAAUCCCCAUUGUUGGCAUUACUUUUGAUUCUAAAAAUGAACUUCGUGAGUAUUAUAAUGCUUACACACAAUCAAAGGGUUUUGGCAUUUGUAAGUUAGGAGCAAGAAAUGGGAAAGAUGGAAAGCAAAAGUGGUUCUCCAUUGCAUGUGCUAAAAAUGGUGUAUUUACUUCAAAAGGGAAAAAUAUUUUACAACUUAGACCUUCCAUCAAGACGAAUUGUAAGGUUAAGAUUAACAUUGCUGUUAGGAAUGAGUGUGAAUUUGAGAUUACUAGUGUUUACCUUGAGCACAACCAUAUAUUGAGCCCGGGAAAGUCUAGACAUAUUAGAUCUCACAAAGUUCUAGAUUCAAUUGCGAAGAGAAGAUUGGAAGUAAACGACGUAGCUGGAAUACCUUUGUCAAAAACAUUUCAAUCUAUUGUGGUUGAAGCUGGAGGAUAUGAGAAUUUGAACUUUGAUGAGAGAAGUUGUAGAAAUUUUAUUUCGAAAGCUAGAAGGUUGAGAUGA